AUGGAUACUCGUGACGAUCGCAAUCUCGUGCUGUCGGGACAACUGUUUCAGCACCUGUACUACCUGUCCAUUGAGAUGAUAGGCUAUAGCGUGUCUUAUUUAUUGCUCACAAUUUCGGCGGCAUUGCUGUCCAGACCACUCGUGGGCUCGUCUAUACACAUGAGGUUAGGCUUCCUGAGAGCCAUGAGCUCCUGGGCGAUGGCCAGCCGUUUCUGCUCACCGCCCGAACAGUUCUCCACAUUUGUACCCUCGGUAUCGCCUAUCGAGAGGUCGGACAACAGUUUUCUGGCGUACCUCCUGUGGUUCACCUCCUGGUGCUCUCCGGCAUUCUUCAGCUUCGAGGCAUACAUGAGGGACUGGAGGCCAGUCAAACCGACCACCAGGUGCUCCUUUAUGUUCUGCACUAUAAAACAGGAGCGGAUUUUUUUCGCUGAGCUCAGAGUAGACUUUCCGCACCCGGAGGGCCCCAUAAGUGCGGUUAGGCUCCCGAAGUCGACCGAUCCACUGAUCCCAUUGAGUAUGGCUUUCGGUGGCUUCCAGGGUAGGACUGACUGUCCGCUGAAUUUUAGGUCAAUCCAAGCCAUGGCUAGUGCGCCGGAUAGGAAGACCGUAAGGAACGGCAGGUAUUUACAAGUGGCUGACUUUGGUUUAGCUACUGUUCACCAGCACUCGUCAGAUAAGGGAGACCUGAGAUAUCAGGCGCCAGAAGUGGGUCAGGGAGUGGUCUAUAACCAUAAGAUAGAUAUCUAUAGUUUGGCUAAAAUUGCAGACAAUAUUUUUGGGCUUAAUUUGGAAGACAAGCGAUUAUAAAAGUAUUCAGACAAUGAAUUUAUAAACAAAUGUGUGAUUAAAUUAACACAAGUAUUGCAUUCAAUGUCAUACUAUAACUGGAGACACCCGCACAUUCCCGGCCCUCACUUGAC